AUGGAGCUCUACCUCAUUGCACAAAGAUGGAAGCUCAUCAUGAUGAUCAUCGAUCUUUCAGUAGGUAAAAGAAAAAGAAAUGCAUUCCUCAACUAUUUGAGAUUAAUUCCAGGAAAAGACCAACGGCUAGCUGCAAUCGAGUAUGGUAGGAGAAGGGUGGCUUCAAGUCCCAAAGUAAACGUCAAUUCUAUAAAUGCAGCCAUCAACAAAAGGCUGACGACAUUAACAACAAGUGUCAGGAUUGCAACUGCUUUAUGUCAUCGUAUAUAUCAGCAAGAUCUAUCAUUCCUUAUCGUUAACUUUGGCCUCAGGAACAGGCUUUGCAAAGCGAAAGUGAUCAUGGAGUACAUUGGAGCCACCGGAAAACCGGUGACGUUUUCCCACGUGCCGGUCAACCCCAACAUCGAUUUCCACUUCAUUCUGAGCUUUGCCAUCGACGCCGGCCACUCCGGCGCCGCCCGACACGGCGUCUUCUCACCCUACUGGGCCUCCACCCUCACUCCGGCCGCCGUCCGGGCCGUGAAAGCCCGGCACCCGAACGUCAAGGUCCUUGCCAGUCUCUCCGGGUGGAGCCUCGGCAACAAAGUCCUCCGGUGGCACGACCCCGCCGACCCAUCUCUGUGGAUCGCCACCGCGGCUGCCUCCCUGAAGUCCCUGGCAGCCGAGUACCACCUCGACGGCGUCGACGCGGACUACGAGAGUUUCGAGAGAAACGCGACCGACUUCGCCUUCUGCAUCGGGGAGCUCAUCGCUGGGCUCAAGGCGGAGGGCGCGAUCGCGGUGGCCACCGUGGCGCCGUUCGACGAUACCGCGGGGAGGUACGCGGAGCUCCUCUGGAGGUACGGCGGCGUCAUCGACUACGUGAACUACCAGUUCUACACGGACGGGGUUUCGACGCCGCGGGCGUACGCGGAGGUGUUCGAGCUGCGGGCGGCGCAGUUCGGGGCGCCGGCGAAGCUGCUGCCGAGCUAUGAGGUGGACGGGAGGGGAAUUCAAGGGGAGGCGUUCUUCGAGGCGAUGAGGGUGAUCCAGAGCAGAGGAUACGAGGUGAAUGGCGUGAUGAUUUACUCGGCGGACGCGUCGUCGUCCCACGGCUACUACUACGAGAGGAAGUCCCAAGAGUUCUUGCUCAAUGGCACAAGUUCAUGA